CUGGUCCGUUGCAAAAGAUGUCGCCAUGCUGCCGACCGACUCCUUGCCCGACAAAGAGCGGCGGGAAAUAUCGAAAGAGGGAGCAGAUGCAUGCUGAGGCUGCCUCACUCGACCAAUGCGUGGCCGACCCGAGUCGCACAAAGAAGCGCUUGCCAGGCUCGGCCAAUCUCGAAAUCUCCUCGAUAUUUCAUAGGGUGCAAUAAGACGCCAUCCUCCGCACGACAAUGGCCUGCGUGAUACUGCUUUGGCGUUUACGCAACACCACGGCACUAGCCCCAACGCUAAGACGUACCCGUUCUAUAUCACUGGCCCCAGGCGUUCACAGAGUUGAUCAUGAACAUGGGAUGGGGUCCAGGCCGGGGGUGUCUAGGGUGCAGGGAUGGGUGGCCUUGCGUGCGCACCUCUUGAGUGUGAGGUGCGGGAACGAUUCGAUCGUGCUGACCCCAGACCAAGAGCGCCUCAAGGGCCUUGGUGCAGCCCGGCCAACAGCAUCGGAAAAGCUCGUUCCCCGCAGCCAAACCAUGAUGGCAUCCUCUUGAAUACCCGGCUCCCUUUCAGCAGCUACCACGGCUUUUAACACCCUCUUUAGAGAAAUCUAUCUCUCCAGCAGUGCAUCGCAGCGAUACCCGCAACCCGGUAUACGCUACGCAGUACGAAUUACUACGUCUUCCUUCUCUCAUUCGAUUCGAUGGAAGAACGGCCCAUUAGGAUCUCUUCCCCCACGUUCUGACAGGAUGGCCUGCUGCCGCAGUGCAGUGGUUACUGAUACCCAUUGGCUGCCCGUUGUUAACUUCCCUUUCGAUGCCGGAUUUCUGUUCCUCUUCCUCCCUGCGGAUGAUACGCUCCGUUCUUACAGUCAAUGCUACUCGACAGCCACUGAUAAUAUCUGCGGGACAGCGGAGCUGAAAACCGU